AUGCAAUCGUAUACUUUGGAACUAUUUCCAAGUUAUGGUCCUGUUCACAUAUUUUUGUUUUGCAACGUGAGGAAUUCAAUGGAUUUACGAAAACGAUUGCUUUCUCAUGAUCAAGAAUUGGCAUAUGCCUUCAUUGAUGCUCGAGUGGUACUGGACACAUUUCAAUUAUUAAUUGCCACCAACGGCGCUUUGCAUAAUGAUAGAAAUUCAGCAUUGAGAACUCACAAUGUGCACUCGGAAAUUGUUUACAAUCUUUCACCCACCCCAAAUAUCAGUGAAUCGCUGAGGAGAUUCGGAAUUUCAAAUAACACCAAAGACAUUGUGGUGAUUAAAGUUGGUGGCGAAUUCAAUGAGAUUAAAUCGCACCUGAAUUCAUUGAUUCAAGGUACCGAAUCUUCACUGGAAGAAUUUCAAAAAUCUGUGGACAUUGAAAGUGUCAGAAAGUAUUACAAGAUUGAUUCCAAAAUCAAAGAUCAUGGUGAAAUGUUGAACACUAUUGUCGGAUCUAUAGCUAUCAAGAGUGUUAAUUAG